AUGUGUCUUACCACAUGGAGGUCUACUCCUUGCCACCUGCAGACAGAGAAGAACCAGUCAAAUGUGAUGAAUGGAUUCUACGAGCGGAAUAACAAUCUGGCUAGUCAGAUAUCUUCUCACUAUCCGACCCUGAAUGGGAGUAAAGGCGCCAGUCCCAUAUCCAUUUCGAACGGUCCCAGGCAUGGAAGUUCAGGAAAAAAUUCGAGUCUCAUCAACAGUGGUGGUGGAAAAUGCAGUCCUGCUGGAGGCUCAGGCUUUUCAGACCGAGGGAGCAAUGGAUCUACAAGAUUUCGCCUGCCUUUAGAAAUCCCAACUCUCAAAGCAGCCCAGAAUCCUGUAUGGAGUUCCGAUCUAGUGGAAAGCGACAGAUCUUGGCUGAGUAAGUCAUUAAUAAUUAUCGCUAAUGUUUCAUUAAUUAAACUAAUUAUUGCCAGGUCUGAGCUUCCUCAUUAUGAUUUAUUAAAAUUGGAAUUAAAAGUGGAAAACUAUUUUAAUAUAGGUUUAAUACUUCCAAUUUACCAUAGCAACUACUUCAACCUUGUACAGAGCUAUGUAAAAGCCUGA